ACAAUGUCUUUCAGAGGAGGAGGUGGACGAGGAGGAGGAGGAGGACGGGGGUUUGGGAGAGGUGGAGGUUUUAACCGGGGUGGAGGAGGCAGAGGUGGAGGAUUCGGCCGAGGAGGAGGCAGAGGCGGAUUCAACAGGCAGCAGGACUACGGUCCUCCGGAGUAUGUCGUUGCGGUGGGAGAGUUUGUGCAUCCAUGUGAAGAUGACCUCGUCUGUAAGUGUACAACAGAGGAAAACAAAGUUCCCUACUUCAACGCCCCGGUGUACUUGGAAAACAAGGAGCAGAUCGGGAAAGUGGAUGAAAUAUUCGGCCAACUACGGGACUUCUAUUUUUCAGUGAAGCUCUCUGAUAAUAUGAAGGCGUCUUCCUUUAAGAAACUACAGAAGUUUUAUAUCGAUCCAAUGAAGCUCCUCCCACUGCAAAGGUUCCUUCCUCGGCCGCCGGGGGAGAAGGGACCGCCGAGAGGAGGCAGAGGAGGGAGAGGAGGUGGCCGUGGAGGCGGUUUUCGGGGCGGCAGAGGAGGACGGGGUGGAGGAUUUGGAGGUGGACGAGGCGGAGGAGGAGGCUUCAGAGGAAGAGGCGGUGGUGGCGGUUUUGGACGGGGAUUCAGAGGUGGGAGAUGAUCAUCUCUGCUGGCCUGGCGUGAGCUUCUCGUCUCCACCUAAACUAAAAGGGCUGGACCCAGGCAGGUUCAGGCCCGAGGGACUCAUGCAGACAUUGACUCUACUUAAGGAGUUUAAGUUAAUUUUUAUUCCAACCAGCUUUGGAUGAAAGAUGGAUCCUAAUGAAUUUGAAUUAAAAGUAGGCUUUUAUGUGCUGUAGUGGGGACCUUUUCCUGCCUGUUUUUUGGAUUCAUUUUAAGACUGGUACAUUUUGAAUAUCCAACGGAUGUUGAAGAUUUUAGUAAAGACAUUUGCAGACAUUUGCUCCCCUCGGAAGAGCUGGAGGAAGUGUCUGGGGAGAAGGAAGUCUGGGCAUCCCUGUUGAGACUGCUGCCCCUGCGUCGCGGUUCCGGAUAAGCGGCGGAAAAUGGAUGGAUGGAUGGAUGGAUGGCAUUUGCAGAACUUCCAGUGACUUCCUUCCUUGUUGGAAGUCAGAUUUCUUUCAGUUUUAACUGAAGACAUUGUAAUCCUCAAUUUGUAGUUCAUUUAGUAAAUCAUCGAAUAGUACUUUGUAAAUGCGUGUUGUUUUUUCUAUGUUUUGAUACUUUAAAGAAUACA